AACAACGCCAUUUAGCAUUUCUUCUUCUUCUUCUUCUUCUUCUUCUGUUCUUUUGGUAUUUUUUUUUUCUUUAUUCGAUCUGUUCACAGAAAUAUUAAUAUUAAUAUUUGUAGUUCUUGUUCUUCUUUAUUAUUACAGCAUAAUUAGGAUCUAUUACGCGCUUUGCGCUUCUUCUUCUCUCUCCUCCUUGCUCUAAAUUUUCUAUUUCUUUUCUCUCUCCCUCUCUCUCUCUCGGACAGACCACUGUCACCGAAUUACUCGUAGCACAUUCAGAUCUGGAAUUUGCUUAUUUCUUUUGGCUUCAAGUUUGAUCCAUCGGAUCUGGUGCUUAAGAGGGGUCUUUGAAUUGAACUGUGUGAUUUACACUGCUAUUAUAGGUCACUGCUUGUGACAAUGAAGAAGGUCUUUGAUCAAACUUUUAGAGACAUCAAAAGAGAGGUUAAUAAGAAAGUGCUUAAAGUUCCUGGAAUUGAACAGAAGAUUCUGGAUGCAACUAGCAAUGAGCCCUGGGGUCCUCAUGGAACUCUCCUUGCAGAUAUUGCACAUGCUACCAAAAAUUAUCAUGAACACCAGAUGAUCAUGGCAGUAAUUUGGAAACGGAUAAAUGAUACUGGCAAGAACUGGCGGCAUGUCUACAAGGCAUUGACCGUAUUGGAAUACCUCGUUGCUAAUGGAUCAGAGCGUGUCAUAGAUGAGAUAAGAGAACAUGCAUACCAAAUAUCGACUUUGUCAGAUUUCCAGUAUAUUGAUUCUAGUGGAAGGGACCAGGGUAGCAAUGUCAGAAAGAAAUCUCAAAGUCUUGUGGUUCUGGUGAAUGAUAAAGAAAGAAUAGUUGAAGUUAGACAAAAGGCUGCUGCUAAUAGGGAAAAGUUCCGCAGCACUUCAACUGGUGGAAUGUACAGAACCAGUUCAUAUUCAAGUACCGGUGGAUAUAGUGACAAAUAUGAUGAUGACCGUUAUGAAGGCCGAUAUGGAAGCAGGGAUGAAGAUCGAAAUGGAUAUGGCUAUGGGAGAGAAAGAGAAUACAGCUAUAGGGAUGAUGAUAGAUAUGGUAGACAUGGGGACUCAUAUGGUCGUGAUGGAGAUCGUUAUGGCAGAGAUUAUGAGGAACGCAACAGCAAAGAUGGGAAUAGGGAUGAUGAUUAUCGGGGAAGAAGUCAAAGCAUUGAUGGUUAUGGUUCAAGAAGCAGGAGUUCAGAUAGAGACCGUGGUUUUGAAGAUGAUGGUCACUCCUUAUCUCGUGGUGGUGCCAGAGCGGAUGAUCAGUCUCAGGAUGGAAGGCGUCUUGAACGAAAAUUUUCUGAACAAAAUAUUGCUCCUCCUAGUUAUGAGGAAGUUGUUAAUGAAUCCCGAAGCCCUGCUCAUGGUGAAAGGAAUGGGGAAACUUCAAUUGCAGCUGCUCCUGGAGUUUCUUCUCCUGCAGCACCACGACCUUCCUCCCCCCCUGCGCCCAAAGCUGUUUCUCCCCCUGCAAGCAAUAAUCAUAGUCAAGCAGCUACUGUUUUGAGUGCACCUGUAACUCCUGGCCAGGGAGUCGAGGUGGUUGAUGAAUUUGAUCCACGGAUUCCUGGUUCAGCUGGCCCCAUCUCCACAACUGCUUCUGCUGUUGCCACCACCUCAAACAAUGCAGAAAUGGAUUUACUUGGCUCUCUGUCAGAUUCAUUUACGGCAAACCAAUUGGCCAUCAUGCCAGUGGCCUCUGCAACUGCAACCUCUGAACAUGAUGCCCAGGCAAACUUUUCAGGAUCGGCAUAUGCUGUGACACAGCAGCCAGCAUCUAAUGUUAUGAAUCAGCCUUUUGAAGAUCCAUUUGGUGAUUCUCCAUUUAAGGCUAUCCCUUCUGCUGAUGAUGCUAUCUCAGCUCAACAGCAGACUUCUACCUCUGCAGUCGCCUUCCAGCCUACUAUGAAUCAAAAUGCUGAAAUGCCUCCAAAAAUGCCACUAGACACGGUGAAUAACUAUGACUUUGGAGACACAUUCUCUGGCAUGACUUAUUCAGCACCCAAUGUUCAACCUAACUCAACAAAUUCACAGUUCAUGCCUCACGAACUUUCUACAUCACAGCAGGAAACUGAUAUUCUGGCAGAUAUCCUCCCACCAACUGGUCCUUCACCAUCUGUAACUACACAGACAGGUUUCUCAGAUGUUGCUAGUCAACCUGUGGAGCCAAGUGCUAGUAUUUUUGUGAACUACAAUUCUCAGGCUGGAUCCACAGCGCCAGUACCUCCAAACAUGGGUCCUCAACCUACACAAUUCAACAGUGGGAACUUCCUGCCACAUGGAGGAUCUACAGCUCCUUUCCCUUCAAAUAUGGCUCCAACAAUUCCAGCUGGACUGGGGUCACAGUUAAACAGUGGAAAUUUACUUCCACAGCAAAGUUCUGUAGCCCCAGUUGUCUCACCCACAUCUCACCAUCCUGCAAGUGGACCAGGUCUGCAGUACAACAAUGGAAGUUUUCUUCCACAACAAGGCUUUGCUGGCCCAACAGCUCAACAUACUGCAUCUGGGGCAACUCUACAGCACAAUAAUGCAAACUUUAUCCCACAACAGGGCUCUGCUGCCCCAACUGUAUCACAGGCUGCUCACCAUGCAACUGGACCAACUCCACAUUUUAGUAAUGGAAACUUUUUCCCACAGCAGGGUUCUGCUUCUCCAGUUAGCUUACAAGUUGCUCAUCAAAAUGCAACAGGACCAACUCCACAGUUUAACAAUGGGAACGUAAUGCCACAAGGCUCUGCUGCCCCAGUUGCUUCCCAAGUUGGCUAUCAAGCUCCAACUGGAUCUGCUGCUCAACCUGCAACUGAUGUCCUAGGCAACUUAUUUUCACAAGGGUCAAACACUCCUAUGGCAUCUCAGCCAGCUCUUCCAUCUUCAACAGGAUCACUAGCAAUAGUCUCACAACCAUCGAAGGAAAAAUUUGAGACCAAGUCAACAGUUUGGGCAGAUACGCUGAACAGAGGGCUAGUAAACUUGAAUAUUUCUGGACCCAAAAUCAAUCCAUUGUCUGACAUUGGAAUCGAUUUUGAUGCCAUUAAUCGUAAGGAGAAGAGAAUGGAAAAACAACCAACAACAGCUGCUGUAACAUCUACUGUCACAAUGGGUAAAGCUAUGGGAUCUGGUUCUGGUAUGGGGCGAGCUGGUGCAGGUGCUCUUAGGGGUCCUCCAAAUCCUACUAUGAGUCCUGGCAUGGGAAUGGGUGCAGGCAUGAAUAUGGGAAUGGGCAUGGGCAUGGGUAUGGGUGGAGGUCCAGGCAUGGGAGGUUAUGGAGGCAUGAACCAACAACCCAUGGGAAUGGGAAUGGGCAUGAACCAACAACCCAUGGGAAUGGGAAUGGGAAUGGGAAUGAACCAACAACCCAUGGGAAUGGGGAUGGGCAUGAACCAACAGCCCAUGGGAAUGGGGAUGGGCAUGAACCGACCUAUGGGAAUGGGAAUGGGGAUGGGGAUGGGCAUGAACCAAUCCAUGGGAAUGGGGAUGAGGAUGGGACAAGGUGGCCAUAUGCAACCUCCUGGAUCAUCCAUGCCUGGUGGUUAUAAUCCCAUGAUGGGAACAGGUGGUUAUACUCAACAGCCAUAUGGUGGAGGAUAUCGAUGAGAUUCAGUCAAUUGAUUAUGAAGGGUCAUGAAACAUAAGCCAUCCUUGAGACUGAUAGAUGGCAUAGCACCCAAUAUUACAGUUGAACAUGCAUAGUAGUCUCAUUUACAGUCUCUAAGUAUGUAUUUUGGGUCAUACUUGUAAACUUUUGACAUAUUGGUGGUGCUUGAUAUGCAUCCAUCCGCUUUAUGUAUCUCACUAGUGGUUGCAAUAUUAUUCAUUUUGGGUCGGAAGAGUUGGUUCUAGGCUCAUUGCUGAUUUCAGCUGUUGUGAGUUGUAAUAUGGGGAGGAUAACGUUCUCAGGGUGUCGAUCCUUAUUAUUUGUUUUCAUUGUAACUUGUCAGAUUGUUUUUCAGCUGUUGGCUAUUCAUAAAACAAUAAAUCUGAAAAUUCAUUUCUC